CCCCCUCACUCACACACACACACACACACACACACACACACUCAGUGUAGAAUCGGCUAAACUGGACCCCAUUCACCACCAACCAUGAGGAUCAGGAUUCCAACGCGUCUGAGGUCCCCCGACCGGCUGACCUCCGUCCUGCUGCUGGAGCUGAUGGUCUCCUGGGCGCGGGCCGGAGCCCCGCCCCCGGUGGUGGUGUGUGCGGUGGGGGGGCGGGCCCUGCUCCCCUGCAGCUGGGAGGAGGGCGGGGCCCACGUGGAGUGGCGGAGCCGCGCGCCGCUGGAGACGGUCUACGAGAGGUGGGGCGAGCAGACGUGGGCGGCGCCCGGGUUCCAGGGUCGGCUGGCCAUGGAACCCGGGGCGCUGGCGGCGGGGGACUGCUCCCUGGAGCUGCUGGACGCCCAGCUGCUGGACGGCGGCGAGUACGACUCCUACGGGCUGCAGGGCGGCGGGCGGCUGGUCCGCCGCGUCCCGCUGCACAGCGUGCGCCUCAGCGUGCACGACCAUAAGCUCCAGAGGUCGGUGAGCGUUGGAGAGGACCUGACCCUGGAGCUCAUCACCCCCCAGGCCCAGAGGGUGGUGUUCCAGGAGAGGAACGGCUCCAGCUGGGGUCUGCUGUGGCAGAGAGGGGGGGCGGAGUCCCCCCGGCUGAGGAGGGUCCCGGGCCGGGAGGAGCUGGUGCUGACCCACCCCACCCCCGAGGACCAGGGCUUCUACAAGGUCCUGGACGGGCACGGGCUGGCCGUCAGCACCCUGCUGCUCAGCGUACGAGAGUCCCUCCCGGUACCAGAGCCCCACCAGGACUACAGGGAACACAACUCUCCUGUCGGCAGCACAGCUGUCGGGCCUCGCCCGCCCGGCUGUGUCCCUCUCUCUCUGCUCCUGUGGACGUGUGCGUUGGCCUGCGGGCUGACUCGGUCCUGAGAUGGACUGCUGUGUAGUUUGAACCAUGGAUACAUCUAUUCAUACGGUUCAUCUACGUCACGUUUUCUGGAACGCCGCCAUUUGCACGACCGAUCUUGCCCAGUAUGACCGCCCACACCGCUCAUCUGAGAGAGAGAGAGAUACAUUAUCGAUUUUAGGCUCCGAUCCUUAUUUGUUAUCCCUAGUUUUUUUUUAGUCCAUUAGUAUGCUUGCCUCAAAUCAAUCUUCAUGACAUAUAUACUUAUUUAGUCCACAACCCCUCCCCAUACAGUGGAGAUAUCUUGAAAGCUGGAUGGGUGAAGGACGCUAAAGUGAGGCACUUGGCCACCAAUAAUCUUUAUCUGAUAAGUUGAUAAGUUGAUAAGUUAAGUACUAUAUAUUUGUGACUUCUUGUGAACUGUUUGUGGUGGGUUACUAUCAUUGAUCGUUGAAAUCAGUCAUCAAAUCAUAGACGAUAAUUUCGCCGGGGACGCUUAGGACGAGUUUUCUUCAAGAUUCAUUUUGUACCCACAACAAGACCCGAUUUGAAUUAUUAUGGAUUAUUUUGGACAAUGAAUGAGGUAUUAAUACCAAUACUCUUUGGCUGGGACGAUGUCAACAUUGGGUAUAUAUAUCGUUUGUAAAUCCGUCAAGAUUUCAGCGAGAUGAGAGUUAAUAGCGUUUGUGCAGAUCACUGACUGACCAGAUUCCACCAGAAAGCGUGCCUGUGGUAAGAUGGCCACCUGUGAUGACGUUCUAGACGCUGCCGUAAGACAUCUAGUGUUCUGUAUGUAUCUAUGGUUUGAACCCUGUGUGUAGCCGUCUACUGACCAUGGCCGUGUGACUAGGUUGUGUUGUAGUUUCACUGGAUAUUCUUAACAAUGUUGAUGUAAAGUCUUUGUAGAACAGCUGAAGGGGUUCAGCCUCACUAAGCUGUUGUUACUGUCUCAAUAAAUGUCAAAUUAAUACA